AUGGAUUGGGCGCGCGCGCGCGCGAAGGCGCCGGAAGGGACGGUGGUCGAGCCGUUUGAGAUGAGGCGAAGCAUGGCGUUGUCGCUCGCCGCGGCGCGCAUGCGAGAUGUGGCGCGCGCGGAGGCCUCGGAGGAGCUGAUGAAGAAACACAAGGGCGCGACGUCGACGCGAGACAUAUGCGUCGAGUUCACGACGCUGUCGAGAGACGUGUACGCGGUCUAUCAUCCGGUGUGGUACGUGUCCUUCGAGCACGGGUACGUCGUCGACGAAAACGCAAACAAGAUUAUUCAACAGCCGCGCGAAGCCGUCGUGUGCGGCGUCACGGGCCUCGUCGUGAGCGAUGAUUUGAUUUGUGACCACAAGGCGCGCGCCCUCGCGUUCAGCGCGGUCGCGAUUCCCGCCAGUAUCGCCGCGUACGUGUGGCCCGAGAGCGCGUAUUUUUUUCUCGGCCAAGGCGCGUUGGCGUCCGCCGUCGCGGCGGCGGGCGCGGCGGUGCUCGCGCGUCAGGUGCCGAAGAUGCGUCAAGAUAAAAUUGACGCCGUGCGCGUGCACGACGAGGAACGCGCGUUUGCGCGUGCGAUGCGAUCAGUAGGGAACAGCGAGUGGAUGGACGAGAGCGUCCAGCGACGACGCGACGACGCCGAAUGGCGACGAUGGCGAGAGACGGACAAGAUGCGCUGGGAUCCGGAUAAACGUCGCGCGUGGGCGUACAGCAUUCUAGAGACACAAAUAUUCCGAUUCCGCGAGCGUCAAGAGAUGCGACACGAGAUGGAAGAGCGCGCGCACCUCGCGGACGAAGCCGCGAGACGCGAGGCGGAGAUGGAGCGCAAGUACGGCGCCAACUGGAAGCGUUCGCGCGGCGACGACGCGCACGGCGCCCCCAGCGGACGCCAUCCCGGUUUCUCUCGCGACAUCCACGGCUUCUACAAGACCCUUCGCCUCGACGCCAAGCUCGGGCACGCGACGGAGGAAGAAAUUAAAGCCGCGUUUCGGCUCGUCGCGCUCGAGACGCAUCCCGACAAGGUCGCCGGCGACGCCUCGGCCAAGAAGCGCGCCGCCGAGCGGUUUCAACUCGCUCAAAAAGCGUACGCCGUCCUCGGCAACAAGUUCGAGCGCACUGCGUACGACCGUAAGUAGACACAUAGCUCUUUAGGCUCUUUAGCGUUGUAGACGGGCGGACGGCGCCU